UUUGAAAACGCGGGUCGCGAUACAAUAGCCUGCGUGCAGCCGGAAAUAUGGAACUAUUUCCGGCUGCACGCAGGAUACGAUACAACGGAUUCGACAGUAACCAGGCGCGGAUCCAUUAAAAAUUCUGACCGUUUACAGACGUGCAGCUCAUAUUUAACAUUUUCACCUGUUUAACCUAACAGGUGUAAAUUGGUCUGAAUCCACGCCUGUUACGGUAUAUACCUACUUAAGGAAACACAAAGGGAGAAGUGAGUCAAAGUAAAAAAAAAACUUGUCAUUAGUUAUGCUGGAAUCUAGCCCUUGUUUUUAAGCAGUUCUAGUCACGGAAGAGCCAAACGCAUGAAUGGUUCUUUUUGUUGUACAAAGCCCACGAUUUAUAAAGGGUUUGCGCCCGAAUAUCACGCAUAUAUCAUAACGUGGAAAAUAUUCACGAAGUGCGUAAAGUAUUAUCUCAACAAGUUAUUGCUUCUUCUACGGUCUUGAUUCAACAAAUAGAUGGAUUAUCAAAAUAUCGACGAUGUCGAGUACCGCAAGUCUGUCACAAGCCAGCUAAUGCAGUAUCAAGAGUCGGAAAGCAUGUGCGAUAUUACUUUGAAGACCACAUCAGAAGACAUCUUCCCUGCGCACAAAAUCGUCCUUGCUGCAAAAAGCGACUACUUUAAAGCACUUUUCACGACUGAAAUGGCAGAGAAGAAUUGCCAGGAAAUAUCUCUUGAUAUUUCCACAAGGACUUUAAAGGCCAUUCUGAAAUACGUGUAUUGUGGGGAUGUGUCGCUAAACGUUUCUAACGCAAGGAGUGUCUUCGUGGCAGCAGACUAUCUCAUGAUGGAUCAUUUGAAGAAGCGAGCGGCCGCCAUCUUGAAAAGAACUAUCACAAAUGACUUAUACUUUGAAAUUCGAAACCUCGCGGAAACCUACAACUCGUCAAUUUUAGACAGGUCUACCAUGCGUUACAUUUGCAGACAUUUCAGUUUGCUAUCACAGAGGGGUGGAUUCAAUAAUUUGAAUUUCGAGACGGUCGAGAGAGUUAUAAGGAGCGACGAGGUUAUCGUGAAGCAAGAGGAAGAAGUGUUUGAGGCUGUUCAGCGGUGGGUUGGUGCUGACAUGCGCAGAAGGGAGCAUUACUUUGAGCAGCUAUUCCGCCAUGUUCGCCUGUGCUCAAUAUCUGAAGAUUACCUACGCCUUAUGAUAGAUGAUAUGUUAGUCAGAAACAGCUUGGCAUGCAUGAAGCAAAUCUUGAAAUCUCUUCAAAGACGAGUUACCAAAGAAGACAAUGAAGAUAUAGACGAGCCAAGGACUUGCUUGCGAAAGCAUUCCCGAGCUGUUAUAUUAUUUGGCGGAAUGUCCGGCGGACGGACAAUCACGGACACCGUAUCCUGGAUACCGGGCGCUAAUACCUGGUCCAAGUUAUCAGACAUGCGAACGCCACGUGAGCGCCACGCCGUAGUCACGUGCCAGGGUUACGUGUAUGUUAUUGGCGGAUAUAACAACUCUUGCGCGGUAGACAGGUACGAUCCUCGUACGAACACGUGGUGUAGCGUGGCCCAAGUACCGGACAAGACGAUUGCCUCGGCCGCUGUUGCGUUUGAGGGAAAGAUCUACGUUCUUGGAGGAUCUGACGGCUUCAACGCGAUGUCUACCGUCCAGCGUUAUAAUCCACACACCAACACGUGGCAACUACUAGCACCGCUGACACAGAAACGUAAGGCUCACUGCGCGGUGGUUUUGCAUGGAAAUCUCUACGCUAUUAGCGGAUGCACCUAUGAUAACGAUUCCCUGGCCUCGGUCGAGAGACUGGAUCCUAAUGUUGAUCAUCAGCCAUGGCAACGCGUCGCAUCACUGAGACAUCACCGCAAAUACGCAUGUGCAGUAGCCUCUACCAAUAGGAUAAUAGUAGCGGGUGGAUACCAGGAUACCAGCUCGACCGCACUGCGCAGCUGUGAAGCAUAUGACGUCAUGACUGAUGAGUGGCAGGGGAUGGCUCCGCUGCUCCUCCCUCGCGCUGCGGCUGGCAUGGUGCGCAUGCGCGGUCACGUGUUCGUUCUUGGCGGGCGUAGUGAUCUGCAAAGUGUGCGUUCUGUUGAGCGGUACUAUGAGGGUGAGGGGGAGUGGCGAAUGGACAAGGGUGUGCUACCCAAGCCGGGGGCGUGGUUUCAGUGUGCUGUGGUUACAGUGCCUCUGUCAGGGAACCACCGCGUGUCUGUAGAAUGAGUUUAACAAACAAAUGAGAUAUAUGGACACAAAUAUAACAGAACUGUUGUCCCAAAGGACGCAAAUAUGGUCUUCCUAAAUUCCGAUGUGCUUGUGCGCUGGCUAUCGUAAAAAAAUAAAAUGCUCUUAGCUGGUUCUCACUAGGAAGCAGGCGUAUCGCCAGACGUAAUCUUAAAUUCACACUAAAGUGCAAGGGCAAGAACAGUAUUUGUCCAAUGUUCAAUUGUAUUGCGCUUUCCUUUGCACUUGCAUCCUUCUUGGGUUCUCGCCCGCUUUCAUUUUGUUAAGGGUGCAGCAUAGCUAUGCAUCGAUCAAAAGGCAAAAUGCUCAACUCCUCACAUAAAAUAAUCGGAGUGCUUGGCACAUAUUUGCAAUUGAUCAACAAAGACCAUUCUGUGAUCCUGAUAAAACUACAUUUAAUAAAUAAAGAAAUCGUCGUUAGAAGGGUUCAUGUUUUUUUUUUAAAAUUGCCGUACAAAACAGCAUGUAGUUAUUUGUACUUUAGUACAAGAAUGUUAGUCAUAUCAUCGAAGCCAGGGAAAUCGAGUCAGUGAUGAAUAUAAGUAUGCUUAAAAAUUGUUUGUUAUGUACCACGGGCACCUCUUCACAGUACCCUUAUGGUGUACCUUUGGGGAUUUGAAAACACCCUCCCCCUAUUUAUCUUCGGGCUAAGGGCCUGGGGCGAGGGAAUAAUAAGAAAAGGUAGGUGUAGGUCGACACUUAUGUUCUCUAGAAUUCGUAUUUUUAGUUGAUUUCUCUCAUCUCACCUUCCCCCAAAAAAACCUACAUUUUUUGACGAAGCUGGCACGAAGAUGUUUUUCUAGCUUCAAUACUCUAUGUACAGUUAAUCAUCUACACUAUGAUAUAUUUGUAAACUACAUGGUUAAAAAGUUAUUGUAUUUUUGACAAUCCUUUACUUUAUUGUUAAACAAAGAGAACUGUUUCUAGACAAAAGGGGACAAGAGCGCUAAGAGAUCACGUGACCUUUCUGGGUGGCAAAUUCAAAACAAAAUAA